AUUCAUUUUACCGCUUGAAUUUCGAAGUUGGCAACACAGCGAAAUAAAUUAAUUUUGUUUCGGAUCGCGGUGCUCGGCAGCCGUUUGUGCAAUUAUUUUAUCAAGAAAGAUAAAAUUUGGCGGUACAAAUUUUAAAAAUAGAAUAGAAGAAAGAAACAUUAAAAAUGGCUAUCGGUGCAGGGAUGUCUUGUGUGAAAUACCUUCUAUUUUCCUUCAAUCUUUUGUUUGCCAUAACGGGGUUGAUAAUCCUGGUAGUGGGUGCCAAAUCGGAGAUAAAUGCACAUCCCUAUGUGGACCUUACGGAUGAGAGCUUCUACACGUCAGCUCCUGUGAUCCUGAUCAUAGUGGGCUUGAUUGUGUUUGUGGUGGCAUUCUUCGGGUGCUGCGGCGCUGUCAAAGAGAACCACUGCAUGAUUGUUACUUUCUCGGUGUUCCUCCUGCUGAUCUUCAUCGCGGAGCUGGCGGUCGGCAUCGCGGGCUACAUGAAGCACCAGGACCUGGAGACGUCCAUGAUGCGCUCGCUCAACGACUCGCUCAAGCACUACAACGACGACCCCACCAUUCGGCAGAACUUCGACAUCAUACAAACUGACCUGCAAUGCUGUGGCAUCAGCGGCCCUGGUGAUUGGAAGAACAACACUCUGCCCAUUCCCGAUUCGUGCUGCGCCGCGCGCGAAGUGGUCGCUAACAAGACCAUCGCCAGCUGCACCGCUACCUCGCCCACGCUGCACCAGAAGGGAUGUUUGGGAGAAAUCCUCAACAAUUUGAAGGCACUAUCUCUGUUGCUUGGUGGAGUUGGACUGGGCAUAGCUUUUGUUCAGCUUCUGGGUGUCAUAUUCGCAUGCUGUCUCGCUCGCUCCAUCCGCAGCCAAUACGAAACCGUUUAAACUUUAAACUCGUCUAACCAUUUAUAAUAAAAUUGCAUCUGUUUAAUUUAGCAUAAGUACGAUUUAUUAUUUUGUUGUACACUCACGAGCCAAAACAUCGACUCAAAGUGUGAAUAACACAAAAACAACGUAUUGUGUUAUUAUUUUAAAGCUAAAACUUGGUAGUUUUUAUAAUUAGAGCAAAAAUUUCAUUCAAGUUUUAGUUCUGCAAUACAAAAUGUUAUUGCAGCAAUAUUCUCAGGUGUCAAUUUUUUUGCUCGUAAGUAUAAUUUUUUUUAAGCUAAAGUCGAUUAUUACUAUAUUUUGUUAUUUUUUUACGAUAGAUCCUCAUCCAUAUUCGAAUUUAAUUAUAAUUUCGUCCAUUUUAAUGAUAAUUUAAUGUUAUUUUUAAAUAAUAUAAAUAUAGGUAUAGAAAUAUAUCUCACGUCACAGAUUAAUAAUUUGUUAUCGUAUUUACUACAUCAUAGAUUUUCUCAUAUAUAGAUUUCAUUCAUAGUUACAUCCAGUGUGAGGGUAUUAUUGCCAGCAACCCAGAUUUCUAUUGAACAACCAAAACUAUCUAACUUAAGGUCGUUACUUACUUUACCAACGACCCCACCGCCCAAGCACAGCAUUUACCAAAAACAUAAUUUGUAAAAAGAAUAAAGAACAAAAAAAGGCCAGCUCUUUUUCUGUAUUUUGAAUAAAUAUAGUUAUGAAUAAUUUGAAAAAUAAGACACAUUCAGUUGAAGAGCUGUGUGGUAAUGUGCUUGAGCGGUGCGGGGUAAGUCAGUGAUGAGUGUGACCAAUGUGCGUAGGUAGAUUUAAAAAAUAAAAUCCAGGAAGUUGGCAACACUUGCGUGAAGGCACAAUUCACAGAUCACAGAAAUGAGGUGUGCUCAGCCUAGAAGACUGAUUUUUCGAAUAGAAUGGUUUCUUAGAUGCCAAAAUCAUUUAUCACCAUUUGCACUUUUCUUAUUGAAAUACUUUAUAGAGUUUAGGAUAUUUUGUCGAAUAUGUGUACCUAUUUAUAAUUGUCUAUUUAUCUAGAAUGGUGCACGUUUGUCUCCGUAUUACUUGAUACGUUGCAAAGUGGUAUGUAAGCGUAAAAAUUGUCAUUAAUUAAAUUAUUUAUAGAUGAGAUUUUUGUCAACUGUGUUUACCGCAUACAGACUGGGGCCAUGUUUCUUCUUUGAUUCUUUCUUAAAAUUGAAUAUUUCGAACUUUCUGCUCUCACAAAAUAAAACUUACCGUGUGCUGUGUAAGUCAAUAGGUGACGACCUUUAGCCCGGUAUGUAUGCGGCAACCUAUCAAACUACGAUUUUAUGGUAUUAGUAUUUUACGAAGUGUUUCUUGUAGUAUUUAUAUUUACAUUUCUAAUAAAUCUGUAUAUUAUGGUGAAA